UCAGUCAAGCAAACACGGAGAGUGGUAUAGAUGUGGAGUUUAAUAAAUAUGGAAUCUUCAUUUGUAAUUCACUUAUCUUGUGGCUUUUAGAUGUGGUACAGAAUAAUUACAAUAAGCGAAUUGGCAAAAAUAACACUGUUUGAAUUGCCUGGUAAAUAGAAGGUAUCAUAUACAAUGCAGGGUGACGACCCACCUUUCUUGCCUGUGGGUACAGAUGUUAGUGCAAAGUACAAAGGUGCCUUCUGUGAGGCUAAGAUAAAGAAAGUUGUGAGGAACAUUAAGUGUAAGGUGACUUUAAAGGCUGGUGGUGGUACUAUCACAGUGAAUGAUGAUGUGAUCAAGGGUACCUUGAGGGUUGGGAGCAUAGUGGAAGUGAAACAAGAUCCAAAGAAGGAUGCCAUGGAAGCUGUCAUCACAAAGAUACAAGAUUGUAGCCAGUAUACAGUUGUAUUUGAUGAUGGAGACAUAACUACAUUGCGACGGUCAGCGCUAUGUCUGAAGAGUGGCCGGCAUUUCAAUGAGAGUGAAACUUUAGACCAGCUGCCAUUAACACAUCCAGAACACUUCUCUACCCCAGUAAUAGCUGGGCGAAGGGGAAGACGCGGGAGAGCACAGUAUGUCUGAUACUUUAACAAUUCAUUACUUGUUAAGUCCCUUAAGAUUUAACUGUUACUUAUCCACUCUAACGUCCGGGCCGCGCGACCGUUUAUCUCUCUAACGUCCAGCUGCGCGCGGCGUCCGAACCGCGCGCGACUCGCAAGUUCGU